AUGAAAACAGCCCGGAUGAUGAUCGAUAUCGAUGAUGGUAUAAUGAAGCUAAGAGUCCAAGAUGAAGAGGUAUGUUUUAAUCUUUUUGAUGCCAUGAAACAACCCAAAGACAAGAAUGAUUGCUUUCGCAUGGAUGUAACUGAAGAGAUCGUAGAAGAAGUGGCAAGCCAAAUUCAUCUUUCUAACCCUUUAGAGAGAUCUCUUGUUGAUUCGUUUAAUGUACUUACUCAAGAAGAAGAAAAAGAAAUUGAGUUGUUCCUAAAAGAAUUAGAGAAAGGUGGCAACACAUCCAACAAGGAAGACAAAGUGGAAGAUUUGGGGCUGAAAAAAGAAGUGAAAGAGUCGAAGAUGGAAUUAAAAUUACUCCCAACUCAUUUGAAGUAUGUCUUUUUAGAUGAAGAGGGAAGUAAAUCGGUCGUUAUUAGCUCAAAGUUAAAUACUACAGAAGAGGCAAAACUCAUCCAAAUCCUUCAAAAGAAUAAAGCGGCAAUCGGAUGGGUAUUAGCAGAUUUGAAAGGUAUCAGCCCCGCAUAUUGCAAGCACAAGAUCAUGUUAGAGGAAGAAUUCAAACCGGUGGCUCAACCACAAAGAAGACUAAAUCCAACAAUGAAAGAGGUAGUAAGAAAAGAGGUGAUCAAACUCCUAGAAGCAGGAAUGAUCUACCCAAUUUCUGAUAGUGCAUGGGUAAGUCCGGUACAAGUUGUUCCGAAGAAGGGAGGCAUGACGGUAAUCCGUAAUGACAAAAAUGAACUCAUACCAACUAGAACUGUGACCGGGGGGCGCAUGUGCAUAGAUUACCGGAGACUCAACAAAGCUACGAGAAAAGACCAUUUUCCACUACCAUUCAUGGAUCAAAUGCUUGAGAGGUUAUCGGGGCAGAAUUACUAUUGCUUUCUGGAUGGAUACUUCGGAUACAAUCAAAUCGUGGUCAACCCAGAGGAUCAUGAGAAAACAGCAUUUACAUGUCCAUUUGGAAUUUUCGCAUAUAGGAGGAUGCUAUUUGGAUUAUGCAAUGCCCCAGCAACUUUUCAAUGA